UCACGGAUGUCAAACUGUGCGCAAUCGUCUACUGUUAUAAUAACAAUAAAAAUAGUGUAAACAGUUUAAAAGUUUUAGUCUUAGUGUUAUGUUGAAGUGCUUUAUAUAAAUCUUCAUAUAUACUGUAGGCAAAGUUGAGUGUUCAGUGGAAAUACGUAAAAACAUUAAAUUAUAUUUGUGUAACGGAUCAGCUGAAUUAAAACUACCCCUCAACUAAAUGUGGUACGUGUUUGAAGGAAUAAAGUAAGAAUAUAGCCCAAAUUUAUGCAUCAGUAGUCAGGAAGGUCUGUAAUAUUGAUUUUCUGAAACAUACAACUGAAACAUAGUAUUAAUUAUAUCUUCGUAUGACAAAAGUAAAUAAACACUGAUCAGCUGAUUAUAAUCAACACUAGCUCCAUCUGUUGGUACUGACCGGCUUCAAGAAUAUCGACAUCUAUCGAUACUGUACAGAACUACUUAAAAAUAAUUGAUUAUGCCUAAGUGUGGUGGAUGCGGUAAAUUCUUAUCGCCGUCAGAUGCCGCUAAAUGUGAUAAAUGUAAAGGUGUCUAUCACCGUGCAUGUGUGGGUUUAUCUACUACGGGAAUAACACCGACGUUAUGGCAGUGUCCCGAAUGUAAAAAAAAUAUGGCACGUGAUAAUUCAUCUGACACCCCGGUGAGGCGAAAUGAUCAUGUGCAGAACACCUCUCCCUCGCCCAAUAGCACAGCCGGUCGGGAUGCUUCUGUGAAUUUUUGUCUGGAACUAAAAAAAAUCAAAGAUGAGAUAUUGCGCGAAGUUCGUUCUGAAUUUAAGACACUGCAUGAUGAGUUGACGGAAUUUAGGUCCAGCAUGUUAGAGUACGGCUGUCGUAUCGUUGCCCUAGAGGAACGUAUGACAGUCCUCGAAAAUAUGCAUACACAGACGUCUUCCGAAAGCGCAUCCCAGAGUUUCAAUAAUAUUAUAAAACAAUUAAAAAGUGACAUUAACGACAGAGAUCAGGAGCUAUUGGCGAAUGACAUAGAGAUUUCUAACUUGCCCGAGACCAGUGGAGAAAACCCAAUACACACGACUAUCUUAAUUGCUUCGAAAAUUGGAAUCCAAAUUGAACCGCACGAUAUUGUGUGCGCUGAGCGUAUCGGAGCGCGGCCGGCAGAGGGCGCGGCAGCCGCGGCGCCCCGUCCGCGGCGGCUAGUCGUGCGGCUCGCGCGCCGCCAGCUGCGCGACGAUCUGCUGAGGAGUGCACGCGUGCGCCGCGGCGCCACCACUGCGGACUUGGAUAUGACGGGCCCUCCCAGGCGCUUCUAUAUUAACGAACGUCUCACUAAAUUUAAUCGCCAGUUGUUUCGGAUGGCGCGCGAAGCGGGCACUAGUCGUGGUUGGCGUUAUGUCUGGUCAAAGCGGGGUCGCAUAUUCGCUAGAAACAAACCCGACGAUUCUGUAUGCUUUAUCCGUUGCGAAGAAGAUAUACAACGUAUAUUUGGCGCAGCAUAAUAUAGGGUUGAUCAUUAAAUCAAUUAUUAAAAUUUUUAGCGCAAAUAAUGUAACUCAUAGAAUUUUACGUUUCAUCUUUGUUUUUAACCGCUACUCUGUAAAAUUCGUAUUGUAUUCUUGUCAUAUUAUCAUAGUAUUCUUGUUAUUUUUUAUAUACCUUCAGAUUAUUAUUAUCUUGAUGGAAUCUGUAUUAACAAUAUGUGUGCCCCGCAGUGCCCUGCCUACUGUAAAAUUACUUUUUUAUACUUACAUAUUUUUAUACAAAAUAUAUAUUUUUAUUGCCAUGUUAUCGUUUUAUAUACAACAUUUAACACUUUAUUAUAUUAA